AUGCGUGCAGGAAGGUCUGCACUGCUGGCGGAGGCGGCGGCCGGGGGGAAGGAGAGGCGAGCGGAGCAGGAGGCAAAGCUAAAAGAAGCCACAUCUGCUGACUGUACCGAAAACAAGAGGAUUAGGAGCCGGUCCACAGAGCCGGGCCCGCAGCCCCCCACCCCCUCUCUGCACCAGCACACGUCAUUCUCACUGCCCCCGGGUACCUCCCUCUCCUCCUUGCUUGGGGAGAGCUGUGCCAAGGAAAAUGCGGAUUUGGGGAAAGUGAGAAGUGGGAGCGCUCGGAAGAGCGGGAAAGCCAAGUCGGGAGGUGGCGAUUCGCACCCCCACAUUCACACGCGCUUCCGUUUAUCCGUUUCUAUGCUGGGAGAAGGGAGGCGCUUUCGCCGUGCCCACACGCGCGACACCUGCAGUGGGCCGUGCCCUCCGCCUCCUUCACGUAACCCCGGCCGCACGGGUUCCGGGACCGGCAGCUGUCCUACACCCGGCCCCCAGCUCGGCUCCCCGUCCUCCGCCCCGGUGGCCGCCGCCCCGCGACAGGGGUCGCGUUUCCGAGGGCCGCGGCGCGGGCGAGGCCCGGGGCGGGGUGCUUGGGGGUGGGGGGGCCCUAUGGAGGAUGCGGUUGACAUCACUGCGGAGACCGCGCGGCUGUCCCGCGGCUGCAGCGACCGCAGCGCCUUCGCGCCUCCCCCCUCCCCGCAGCCGGAGCCGGCGUCAGGGCAGGACAGCGGCGGGGGUGGGGAGAGGGGUUGUCAUCCGGGGGGAGGGAGUCCCAUCCCCGCCCCCCUGCAGUCAAGAUACACUGAGCUGGUCCUAAAAAAACCACCACCACCACCACCAAAAAAGAAAGAAAAAAAAAAAAAAGAGGAAAAAGCCAAACAUGGAUUGAAGCAAGUGAUGGAAAAGGCAGAAGCUGCCUGGCCAGCCUGCCCGUUUCAGUCCGAUGAGGGCACACCGACUGGAACAAGCUGGUGGAUGGGGGAGAAGACGAAGGGCAAGCCUUUGAGUAGUCAGAUCGCAGAGCGAGUUCCCCCGCCGCGGCUUGGGCGGAAAUUCCGUUCGGCUCGCGUUUUCAAAGUGGUUGCGGCGCCGGGGACUGACUGUACUGCAGUUGAGCGGGGAGGGCGGGGGGAGCGGUGA